AUGGUUCGUACCAAGAAAAAGAAAACCCUAACGUUGCCGAGAAGAAAGCUUCCCUUAGAUAUCGAAGAAGAGAUACUUGUUCGCGUUCCACCUCGAUCUCUCCGUCGCUUCAAAUUCGUCUGCAAUGAUUGGAACGCUCUUUUGAACAGCGAGAAGUUCGUUAACAAAAACUUUGCUUGGGCUCUCUCUGAAUUCAUGAUAAAGACAGUGUCCCAGAAUUCCCAUACUUACUCGAUAAGCAUCGAUCUCAACGACGAUCCAACCAUAAAAGUGACUGAUUUAUGCUUUGAUUUACCCCAUUGUCGCCGUAAUAAUGUCUGUGGGAUAUGCGAUGGUCACUUCUUCAUCUACUUACAUGAGGAAGGAAACCUGCUUUGGAAUCCGUUGUUGGGAAAGCCUGAAAGGAUUGCCAAGGCUGUUGUUAUAUGUGACAAAGAUAUGGGUUACAAAUACGCUGGUACCAAAAAGAAUUACAAGAUUAUUGGACAUUGCCGUUCUCAAUGGAAUGAGAGAGCUGUUUCAGUCUUAGAUUUUGCAACCAAUGAGUGGGAGGAUACUCAUCGUACCAGUUCUGGCGAAGAGUUAGCAAGAGGCUUGUAUAGGGACGGAGACUUGGGUAGGGUCUCCUUGAAUGGAAAUCUGUACUGGACAGGUUCUAAAUAUCCCCACAAUGGCGAGUAUUUUAUCGAAAUGCUCGAUUUUUCGAAAGAGAUAGUUAAGAUCUUUUGUAUACUACCAUGUGUGGGGAAAAAAGUAGGUUCCCAUACUCGUGCGCUAUCGAUUUAUAAGGGAGAUCGGUUUUCAGUGUUACAACAAUCCAGAAGCACAGGAGAGACUAAGAUUUGGGUGACAGAGAAGAAAAUUGGCAAUGGGGAUGAUGGAGGCAAUGUGGUGUGGAUUAAAUUCAUGAAUAUUUUAAGACAUGACUUCCCCAUGAUACCUAGGUCGCAACACUCUACAAGUUACUUUGUACAUAAAAACAUCUAUGGAAAGAGCUUUGUUAUGUGUUGUCGUACCAAGAAACCUAAACAAGCUUGGGUCUAUAUUGUGAAGAGAGAUCUAUGCAAAAAGAUCAAGAUAGAUGAAGUGGGAUGUGAGUUUGAUUCAUCUGCCUAUGUUCCCAGUUUGAUCACCAUACCUCUUAAGAGACUUUCUGAAGAUAGUCAACAAGAAGAUGUUUUACAAGUUUGA